AUGGCAAUCGGCGGCCGCGCCAUUAACUUUUUUGUCACGGGGUACUACCAAACCGACGGUAAAAGCCGCGUCACUCGGCUGGGUUACGUGGAGUCAGCGUUUGACCGCGGGUUCAAGGAUUACAACUGGUUUGCGGCCUACCGCUUUGCAGGCGGCCUGGAGCGCUGCAUGAAGGUGGCAGUGGCCAACAAUUUCUACGUCGCCACGCACAUCCACCUGGAUGACGGCGAGGGCCGCGGCACCUGGCGCAACUCCAUAAUCUUCGACCCCAGCAAAAAGUACGGCGCCCUGUCAUACUGGGAGGCCCUGGUGAAGCCCACCGCCCUGGCAAUCAGGAAGGCCAACUUCAAGAAGAGGACGGUGCUGUUCUCGAUGCAGGCGGAGAUGGGGGCCACCCUCUUCUACUAG